GGCGCUUCCCUGGCCGAGCCAUGUCUGCGGCUUCCCCGCCAUGCCGAGCCUAGCGGGGAGCGGGAGGACUGGCGGCCGGGAGGCGCACAAAAUGAAGACCCUGAUGCGCCACGGGCUGGCCGUCUGCUUGGCGCUCACCACCAUGUGCACCAGCUUGUUGCUCAUGUACGGCGGCAUCGGCGGCGGCGGGGGCCACCCGGAGCCGCGGCGGCGGCAGCAGCAGCAGGUGGCGGCGGUGCCCAGCCGCCCGCCGGGACACGGCCAGCACCACCCGGCGCUCCCCGUCGGGGCUGGCCUACUGGAGGGCUACAUCAGCGUCCUGGAGCACAAGCCUUUAAAAAUGCACUGCAAGAGUUGUGCAUUGGUAACCAGCUCUGGACACCUUCUGGGAAGUAAACAAGGUGACAGAAUCGACGAGACAGAGUGUGUAAUACGAAUGAAUGAUGCACCCACUCGAGGUUAUGGAAAAGAUGUUGGAAACAAAACAAGCCUUCGAGUCAUUGCACACUCCAGUAUUCAGAGGAUUUUGCGAAAUCGCAACGAACUCUUAAAUAUGAGCCGUGGUGCUGUGUUUAUCUUCUGGGGUCCUAGCAGCUACAUGAGGAGAGAUGGUAAAGGCUUGGUGUAUAAUAACCUGCAGCUGAUGAAUCAGAUACUGCCUCAAUUAAAAGCGUAUAUGAUUUCUCGCCACAAGAUGCUUCAAUUUGAUGACCUUUUUAAACGGGAAACUGGGAAAGACAGGAAGAUAUCCAACACUUGGCUUAGCACGGGCUGGUUCACAAUGACUAUCGCAUUAGAGCUCUGUGACAGGAUAAAUGUUUAUGGCAUGGUGCCACCGGAUUUCUGCAGGGAUCCUAAUCAUCUUUCAGUACCUUAUCAUUAUUAUGAACCUUUGGGACCUGAUGAAUGCACAAUGUACAUUUCACACGAGCGGGGACGAAAGGGCAGUCAUCAUCGUUUCAUCACAGAGAAACGAGUGUUUGAGAACUGGGCACGGACAUUCAAUAUUCACUUUUUCCAACCAGACUGGAAACCAGAACCACUCACUGUAAAUCACCCUGAGGUUAAACCAGUGGUCUGAGGGAUGAAUGCACAAGACCGCAAUCACAGUCACCUACUGUAUCAGCCUUCGGGUGUUGGACCUCCUGGGACAGCAAGGCAACCUAGAGGAGGAGGGUAACAGGAUUUGCAGCUGAUAACUGCAGCAACAGUCAGGAAGUUAUGAUGAAGGACCAGAAGCAUAUCAAGAGUACUUUCUGUCAAACUGUGCAUUAAUCCAGUAUAUAGCCUCUUUUGGCCAUCUGACUUCCUGUAUGUGUAUGUGAUUUGUGAAAAACAACUUGAGUAUCAUUAAUGGAUGGUUAAUUCAUUAUGUUUUUUUAAAGUACAAUGCCACUGAAUUUUCAUAGUGAAAACUUACAGUAUUUAUUUAAUGGAGGUUUUUAUGCAACCUAGGCCAGUAUUUUUCUAAUUCACAGUUACAUGGCUGUUUAUCUUUCAUAAUCUUUCAAAUCCAAAAUUAAUAUUGCUGAUGGUUUGGAAGGCCUAGCUUUUUAUUUAUAAAAUUUGUUUGAAAAAUAUGGUUCUAUAUAGCAUGUAAUUAAUAUUUGAUCUGGAAAUGUUGCAUUUCUUCUAAAAAUUGUGGGCUCCAUUCCAGUAUAAAGCCUUUAACAGCAGGAAUGGUCCCAUGUGCAGAUCUAGCUAACUUUACAUUCUGACAUCUCAUGUUAAUAUGAAAAUGGUAGUGAAAAUUCUGUUUGAUAUUAAUGUGCAUUUGCUGCUGUGCUCUCAAGCUGCUGUUUUUUAAUUAGGGGUGGAAGGAAGGAGGGCAAAGUUUAUGAAAAAAAAAUCACUGGCUAUAGCAGCACGCUUUUCAGUGAAGAGACCAGGCUCAGGCUGGAGGGGUUGUGUUUUGGUUUGCCUCUUGCAGUCCUGCAAGAGGCUGAAGGAGCAACCCUCCUGAGGCAACAGACUACAAACCAGGCAACUGCUUCAAAUCACAUGACCAAAUUUCUGAAUUCAAAAAGUUAAAACUACCAGGUACUACAAUACCAGCCAUACUAGCCAAAAAGAUUACAACAUUGCACCUGCAAAAAUCUCUGCCUUCCACUGUUCCAAGAUCAUCACUGAGCUCAGAGAUCCUGGAUCACAUUGAAGUUGGGAUAGGAAGAGAGUUCCACCAGUACAAAAUUGUCCCCUUGAAAAAAGCAAAGUUACACUUGGCAGUUUUUUCGUGAAGUACACGUGCACGGCGACUCCCUGUGAACAAAGGGGAUGGACAAUGCUAGUGCCGUAUAUGAAACCUCACAGUGUGAAUUACUGCGUUACAUUUGGCUUGUGAAUAAAGAAGAUUUCAGUUACGGUAUUAUUUUUCCUUUUGCCUCACAAAUACUAAAUCUCCAA